AGGAAGGAACGGGGACCCCAAAUCUUGAUAUGGGGAAUGGGAUGGGGACUCCCUAUUUUGGGGUGCAGGAAGGGAUGGGGACCCCAAAUCUUGGGCUGUGGGACAUGAUGGGGACCCCAAGACCUGGACUAUGGAGUGGGAUGGGGACUCUCUCUUUUGGGGUAUAGGAAGGGGUGGAGACCCCAAAUCUUGGGCUGUGGGGUGGGACGGGGACCCCAAACCUUGAGAUGUGGGGUGGGAUGGGGAUCUCCUAUUUAGGGGUACAGGAAGAGGUGGCAACCCCAAAUGCUGGGCUAUGGGGUGGGACAGGGAUCCCAAAUCUUGGGAUGAGGGGCGGGAAGGUGAUCUCUUCUUUUGGGGUGCAAGAAAGGACGGGGACCCCAAAUGUUGGGAUGUGGGGUGAGAUGGGGACCCCCUAUUUUGGGGGGCAGAAAGAGAUGGAGAUCCCAAAUCUUGAGAUGGGGGAUGGGAUGAGGACGCUCCAUUUUGGGGUGCAGGGAGGGACGGGGACCCUAAAUCUUGGGAUGUGGGGCACAAUGGGGACCCUGGGACCUGGGCUAUGGGGUGAGAUGGGGACCCCAAAUCAUGGGAUAUGGGGCAGCAUGGGGACCCUCUAUUUUGGGGUACAGGAAUGGCUGAGGAUCCCCUUUUUUGAGGUAUGGGGUCAGAUAGGGACCCCAGGUUUUGGGAUUUGGGGACAGAUGGGGACCCCAAAUCUUGGGAUGUGGGGAGGGAUGGCGACCCUCUAUUUUGGGGUGCAUUUGGGGACCCCAAAUGUUGGGAUGCGGGACACAAUAGGGACCCUGGGACCUGGGCUAUGGGGUGAGAUGGGGACCCCAAAUCUCGGGGUGCAGGAAAGGAUGGGGACCCCGAGAUUUGGGGUGUGGGGUGGGAUGGGGACCCCCUAUCUUGGGCUAUGGGGUGAGACAGGGGCCCCAAAUCUUGAGGUGUGGGGUGGGAUGGGGACCCCCAAUCUUGGGAUGAGGGGUGGGAUGGGGAUCCCCUAUUUUUGGGUGCAGGAAGGGACGGGGAUCCCCUGUUUUGAGGUACAGGGUCAGAUGGGGACCUCAGGGUGUGGGGUGUGGGGUCAGAUUGGGACCCCAAAUCUCGGGAUGUGGGGUGGGAUGGGUGUCCCCUGUUUUGGGGUGCAGGAAAGGACAGGGACCCCAAAUGUUGGGGUGUGGGGUCAGAUGGGGACCCCAGGACACGAGUUGUGGGGUGGGAUGGGGACCCCCUAUUUUGGGAUGGGGGUUGGAUGGGGGUCCGCAGGCACCGUGCCCCCUCCCCAAAACUGGGGGACACUGGGGGGGCCCUGCGCACCCCAAGGAGCACCGUGGAGGAUGGGGGGC